AAAGUUACUGUGGGAAAGAAAGUUUUGGAAGUUUCACACGAGCCGUUCGCGUGCAGUCCUAGAUAUAAAUAAGACCAACAAGAAGUGCCACAGACGCAGCGUCCGCUGGCAGACAGUGAUUUCUCGAUUCCGUGACAUCGUUCAGCUUGCGACUGACUUGGGGACGCUUGUCUCUCGCACAGAGGUGCGCUACCACCUAAAAAGGAUUUUGUUUUUCCGGAAUUUGGAAUUUCAUAAAAGGGUACUGUGAAUAGGUGCCGACUACUUGUCAAUAACCACCAACAGUGGACUGUAAUAUCGAGUUACCGUUGCUCUUGUGGGAUAUUUCAGACAGACCGAAGAUGCCUGCCGAUAUAAUGGAAAAGACAUCCGUCUCUCCUGUUGCUGCUACUACAGCCAGCAUGAACACGACACCUGAUAAACCCAAGACGGCUUCAGAGCACAGGAAGUCAUCCAAACCUAUCAUGGAGAAAAGGAGAAGAGCCAGAAUCAACGAAAGCUUGGGACAGUUGAAAACACUUAUCCUGGAUGCGCUCAAAAAAGAUAGUUCCAGACACUCGAAACUUGAAAAGGCGGAUAUCCUGGAGAUGACCGUAAAACAUCUCCGGAACCUCCAGAGAGCUCAGAUGACUGCUGCUUUGAACUCUGAUCCCACCGUGCUAGGGAAAUACAGAGCUGGAUUCAGCGAGUGUACAAAUGAAGUCACCCGGUUCCUGUCCACCUGCGAAGGGGUUAACACCGAGGUCAGGACACGGCUUCUCGGUCACUUGGCCAGCUGCAUGACGCAGAUCAACGCUAUGAACUACCCCACGCAGCACCAGAUCCCUACCGGUCCUCCCCACCGCGCCUUCGGCCAGUCCAUGGUACACAUCCCCAACUCAUCUCCACAGGGCAACGUGAUGCCCCUGCCUUGUAAAGGUGGCUCUCCCCAGAGCAUGUCACCAGAAAAAACAAAAGUAUACGGCGGCUUCCACCUGGUACCUGCCACAGAUGGACAAUUCGCCUUCCUUAUCCCCAAUGCAGCUUUUACGCCCAACGGUCCCGUUAUCCCCGUGUACGCUAACCAGGUCAACACGCCUGUCCCAGCAGCGGUGUCCCCCGGUGCACCGACAGGCAACUCGGACUCAGUGUGGCGACCCUGGUAGAACAAAAAAAGGACCUUUUUAUAAUGACACUUAGUUCUUCUAUGUUUGAUGUUACAAAAUGAUGUUUGGAUUCUGUUUUUGUAUUUUCAAUGUGUUAAGAGGAAAAGAUGAUGCACUAUAUUUGUAUAGCCUAUAUGAGAGUGAAGUUCAUAUUGAAAUGAGAUUUUUGUAUUGUUGAAGUCUGUUCACUGCAUUUUUAUAUUCGAGGUGUCUUUUUUUUUAUUGCUCGAUACCAAAGAUAUGUUGAAUGCACUUUACGUUAUUCUUCAUUUUGGAAGAAAAAUAAAUUUGUAAAGAUAUUGAAAAACA